GUUAUUGUAUAGCAGAUGGUCGGGGGCUCGAGGCUACCUACCAUGAAAGGUGAAAGUAAAGAAGUGCGGCCGUAGAUUCGUAGGUCGACUUCAGAUUAAAAACUGGCGUGACAGCAGCCAAGUUUAUAGGUGCAGUGAAAACUUCAGUACUUGGGUAGAUGUUAAUGCUGACUGCUAUUCAACCUAGCACUGCUAAUGACAACAAAGCUGUGUAGAAUACCUGUGAAAAAUGAAUGACAAAAAUUUACUGAAGGAUCUUUAACACUGCAAGACAGCUAUUGGUUAUUUUUUUGCCUGGGAGAAAUUUUUUACAGCAAUAAUGAUUCCAAGAAGGAGCACUAGGUUACUGUUUUUUUUCCUAUUUUCUGUUGUUGUAAUAUUUGUGUUAUACUUGUCAGCUCCAUAUGAAGAACCUAAACAUAUAGUACCAGAGCCUAUAAGUGAUGUUGUCAAGACUAGGAAAGCUCAUUCAGAUGAUGAUGAACUCAUGACUCAAAGCCCAGAUCAUGUAAGAAAGCAGAAGGAGUAUGAAAGCAGGAUCUUGGCUAACAUUCAGAAGAUGACGGUGCACAAACAGUUGAAGCGCAAAAUGGAUCAUGAUCCGCUGGGUGUUAUUUUGCAUAAAACUCCAAGUCUUUUAGAUGGCCUUGGUAGGGUUCGUGACAUGGAAGGCCAAGACUUGGCUCUUCGAAAUAAUGCUGUGAUGGAAAACCAGCUCAAGCACAAAAUUGUUCACCUCGAUUUGAAAGGUGCACCUCCUAAAAUUGAAUACCUCAAAAAGCUCUUCCCACUCCUUAGUUCUUUAGGGGCUACAGGUUUACUGAUGGAGUAUGAGGACAUGUUUCCAUAUUGGGGCAAGCUUGAAUUUUUGUCAGCUCAAAAUGCAUAUGCUAAAGGAGAUAUUGCUGAUAUAAUGGAAAUAGCUCGUAAAAGUAAUUUAGAAGUCAUACCUUUAGUCCAGACGUUUGGUCACAUGGAACAUGUAUUGAAGUUGAAAGAAUUUGCAGAAGUGCGGGAGGUUCCAAACUAUCCUCAGGUUAUCUGUCCCACUCAUAAUAAGACCAUGCCCCUGAUAAUGAUGAUGAUUGAUCAGAUAUUAGAAAUGCAUCCUGGGAUCAACUGGUUGCACAUUGGAUCAGACGAAGUUUAUAACUUAGGAGAAUGCCCUCGAUGUCAGCAGUACUUGAUCCAUCAAAGGUAUGGAAAGAGUGACUUGUUUUUGCAUCAUAUUAAAAAAGUAGCAAGGUACGUCAAGGACACUUAUGAUAUACAGCCUAUCAUGUGGGAUGAUGAAUUCCGCAAAGUUCCUUUGCGUGCCAUUCAGGAUGCUGGCAUCGGUAACUUAGUCGAAAUAAUGGUAUGGAAGUACAGCAAGGGAAUUAUGGUUGACUUAAGGUCUGACAUAUGGGAAAAGUAUUCAAUAGCAUUUAAUGGUAUAUGGUUAGCAAGUGCUUUUAAAGGUGCAGCUUCUCCCGAAAGCUAUAUAACCGAUAUAAAUGAACGUCUAACGAACCACAAAGAAUGGAUGGAGGUUUUUGAUAUGUAUAAGAGCACUAUCCCUUUCAGAGGAAUUACACUGACUGGGUGGCAGAGGUUUGAUCACUUUGCUGUCUUAUGUGAACUCUUACCACAGGCUAUUCCUUCACUUGCUGUGAAUCUGAUGUAUAUCAAUGAGAGGAAAGCUGACCAUGCUGCUCUUGGAAAAGUUGGUAGUCUGCUUAAGUGUAACUCAUUCCUUAAUUUAGAUCUAAAGUAUUUAGAGUAUGCUAAUAAAUGUGACUUCCCUGGAAGUGAUGUAUAUGAGAUGUCCCAAAAACUUUACAUUCUCAAGAAAGACAUUGACAGUAUGAUGCAUAAUCCACAUGUAACUGGAUGGGUCACUGAUUACAAUAUUGACCACAACUUUGCUAGCCCCCAGCAUGUAGAACAAGGUCUUCAGGAUCUCUCUAUGCUACUUUUCGAUUUCACUCAGUUAGUGGUAGAUGCAGAAAAGGCAUUGAGUAAUACGUUUGAUGAGCAUACUGUGAAAGAAUGGAUCUCUCUCAACCUGAAGCCAACAUUGGCCAAACUGCAAAAGCUCCAAGCAGCAAGCACAAAGCUUCAAGAAAUGACAUUUUGGCCCAGAAGACCUCUUGAUUCAGAACUUACCAAGGAACUGUAACCUUGGAAAGGAGGGAAGUUAAUUAUGCUUACAUUUUUCAACUCAUAAGAUUGUAUGGAAAAUUUACGUUGUCGGACACUAUUCUGGUCAUGUGUGCUCUCUCUAAAAAGAUGAUGGGGCAUUGAGGUAACUCUUCUUUUUCAAAACUCAUCUUAUUUUUUUCUUUUUCCAUAGAAUGUUUUAAUUAUUUUUUUCUGGGAAACAGUAGUUUUAUAAACUCAGAUUUUGGCUUGCGUCCUUUUUAAGGUCUUGUAGUGACCCUCCUCCAGGGGGCAUUGUGUGGUGGAGGUCUAACUUAGGCUUUUUAAUGGCAUAUGGUGAGCUGAAUUGGUAAUAUUAUGCUCUUUUUCCUCAAAUAAAAUGUGGUUGUUGAUAGUGAAUGAAAAUAAGAAGGUAGAAUGUUUUUUUUUAAUAUGGUGUGUAUGAAGAACGGAAAAGCCAAGAAGUGUGCAAAUAGUACAUGGUAAAGGUGGUAAAGUGGUUAUUGCUGGUGGGAAUAUGUGUCAGUGUUUUGAGGAGGUUUGGCUUUGUGGAAAGGAUUCUUAGAAGUGUUAGGAAGGAGGCAGGAUCUACAAAGUUAAUAGUGCAGUGAAUGCAUGUGAGUUUGGCAUGGUGUGUGGGGUAUGAAGCAGUUAAUUUGCGGAAGUUUCUUGCACAGGGAUUUAUCCAUGGUUCAGCAGUUGGAAUAUGAACAUCACAGUGACUACUACCGAAUAUUGUUUUCCAACUGGAGCCCCAUCCUUUUAUGGGAAAAUCUUAAUGGUGUAUGUGUGAUUGUGUAUGUGCAUGUGUUUGUGUACAUGCUAUAGCUUACCUGUAGAAUGUUUGGGUCUUAUUUGUGAGGUCCAUGGUUCUAUCCAAGCCUGUCACCCACCAGCUGAGCCAAAAGUAAAGGGGUACCAGCUCUACUUGCGAGUCAAGCAAUAGAGCACUGGGGUAGCAAACCUAACUCUAAAGACUGGAAAUUUCUAUCCUUCUGGUACUGUCCCUUCAAAAUAUUGUGGUGAAAGACAAGACAAUUUAUAUAUAUAUAUUUUUUACCAUUCACCUUUUUCCUCCCAUGGGGUUUGGGUGUACCAGAAUGGUGAUGCCGUCUGUUCUCAUCAAGUGUUGAAAGAUGAUUUCGUUACCCCAUGCUCUUCUCUUGACUCCCAGGUGCCAUGCCUAUCCAUUCACAUAUAUUUUUUCUUAUGGAUUAUGUUACAAUGUUGAAGGGACAAAGACCAGGUUUGAUACUUGUUAGUUAUAUACUGUAGUAGAUUUUAAAUGUAACAUAUAUGUAGCUGCUAUAACUAUACUCUGUUUCUAGUCCUUCUGGCCAUAGGCUGUGAUAAGUUAUGAAAUGUAAUGUAGUUCUUGUUAAAUGUUAUCUAAACAUAUUGUUUCUUUUCAUCAUGCUUUGCUUGAUUAGAUGUGCUAGGUAUUUAAUGAGAGCUUAACUUUGUUGGGUUAUAUGGGAGAUAGCUUCAUUGGAAUUUUAUGGAAGCUUUAUAAGAGUAUUUUGAUAAGGUAUUAAUAUGAUAUGGGAGAAAUGUUCAAAAGUAUGAUAUGAUGCAUUUUUAAAAGUAAUAAAUGUAGAAAUAGGAUUUUCAAGGUAUUGCUGUAUCUAUCGUAGCUUUAAGAUUUGAGCAGCUUAUGUGCCCUUAAAUUUAUGUUGUGUGUAAGUAAUUAGAGUCAUAUGUGGGUUAGAAAAGUAGAACAAAGUAGGCGAUUUGCCUUUUCGAUGCUUUGUACCAGAGUAGGCAAAAUAUAGUUUACCUGAGAAGGUAACAGAUUUGUAAUUUGUUUUUCGAUUGCUGACUUCAUUCAAUAUUGUAAGAUUAUCAGUUAACAUUUUGUUUUAUUAAGUAGUUUUAUUUUUAUUUUGGAUCUGAGUUUUUUUGUAAUUUUACUUUUGGUGUCAUGAUCCUAGGAAGAAAAUGAAAAACUUUACAAGCAUCGGUUACGGGAUGGUAGCUUUAAAGCAGCUUAUAUGUCCUUCAAUUUGUGUUGUUCGUGUGUAAGUAAUUAGGGUCGUGAUUUAGGAAAGUACUGCAAGAUAGGUGGUUUUCCUUUUUGAUGUUUUGUGUUAGAAUAGGCAAAAUAUAAUUUGCUGGAGAAGGUAACAGGGAAUUAUUUUUCAAUUGCUGUCAUCAUUUAGGAUUUUGAGGUUAUCAAUCUACUUAAUUCAUUAUGUAAUAGUUUUAUUUUUAAUUCGUAAUCUUACGUUUAGGGUCAAUUGAUACUAUGAAGAUAACCAUAAAAACUCCUAUAGUACUGGCUACAUGUAGCUUUGGUCAUUUGUGGGAGCUACUAUUACAUUGUUUGUGCUGAACAACAUUAAGGAGGAGAUGGUUAAUUACAGCUUACAGCAGUAGUAUUAGCAAAAGUGUUAAUGACUAAGCACUUUUAACAUUAUGAAUUGUAUAAAGUUCCAUUAUAUAAUAUAGUGGCAUGACAGUAUGUAUGCAUACCAUUUCUAUGCUUCAAUAAAGUUGAAAUUCUGGAACUUCUAGAACUUUACAGGAAGUUUCAAAACUGUCAUGGGCUUAUGUUAAGUUUAGAACAUUAUGUAAUUGACUUUUCUUUUGAAAACUUGGGAAAAUGAACUUUAUGAUUCUAGAGUCUGAAUCUCAUAUUUACUUGUAGUUUUUCUAUAUUUUUCAAAAUGAUCAAUUGUUUCUUUUGUGUAUUAACUGCAAACUUUUUUGUGAAUAUUAUUUAAUGUAUUUUUAUCCAUGUGUACUCCAUUGUAUUCUGUUUUGUUACCAUAUCAGCAUUUUUAUUGUAAUAAUUUAUGUUACUAUGUAUACAUUGUCAUACUGCCCAUUUUCUGGAUUUAGGCUUACAAAAUUUAUCAUGUAUAUUUGAGCUAAAAGUACGUAUAUUUGGAUUGGUAGUCUCAUAAAGUAAUUCAUGAUAAUAAUAGUAAUGAAGGAUGUGGGGUGUUAUACUUCAGAAAAGUUUUGUGUAAUGCCCGAUGUACUAUUUUUUUGUGUUUUAAGAAUCUUCUGUACUAUUCUUCCUUCCCACUAUUAUCCCUACAUUAAGGGGUCGUUUGCCUGAUGCGCCUUCUCCACUGCCUCCUAUUAAAGGCAUCAUUAUGACCACAUGCCCUUGCUGUCAUGAACCACAGUUAUUGGCAGUGGGCCCAGCCUUUUACUAAAAAGUAUGACUGCAAGGCAGCAGUUUCUACAGUUAUUGGCGGUGGGCCUAGCCUUUUACUAAAAAGUAAUACUGUAAGGCAGCAGCUGUCCUUUUAGUUGCCUUUUACGACACACAGGACGUACGGUGGUAGUAUUCUUACACCCCUACCGCAUGUACUAUGAGGUUUUAAUUAUCAUCGGAAUGAUUUCCAGAGAAAUGCUGUGGAUGAAAAAUAUAAGUGUGGGUAAGAAACCAUUUCUAGAGGAAACCACACGUUACUUAUAUUAGAGGUCGUUUUCUAACAGAGUGACAGAUCUCCCCCCUCACUCCUGUAUAGUCGUGUAUCCAGUUCAUAGGAUUAUGAUGUAAGUUGGAUUUGUGUUUGUUGCCUAUUCUAUGUUUUGGCUGUUCAAUUUGUUUAUUAUUUAUUCAUUAGUCAUAUUUAUUACAUAUUACAAUAAAAACACUCUGGUUACCCAUCAUGUUGUUAAACUAUGCUUUAAGUCUCUUCGUUUAUAGUGACCUUUGCUUUGGCUGUUGGAUUUGUAUUUUUUAUGUAUUCUCCUUCUUUAAUUAUAUUUACAUUAGUUGUAAAUAUUUCAGUAAAAAUAUUCUGACUGUUUACUCAUCAUGUUUUUAACGUGUGCUUAAAGUCUAUUCUUUUGUAGUGUCUUCUGCUUUGAUUGUUUUCUUAAAUCCAGUGUUUGAAACUUGAUGUUAUGUAAUCUCAUAUAUGUUAUUGUCUAUGUGUAUGAAUGAGGAAAGCGAUACAUAUAUAUUUAGAGGAGAAAAUUACCCAGAUUUUUCAGUUGCAAUUGACAUAAUGUUCACAAUUUUAAAUUUACUAUACAUAUUUCAGUUCUCCAAAGUUCCUUUUUUCAAUUAAAACUAUAGAAUUUUUAAGGUUUACCUCUAAUAAAAUUAAAUACAAAAUGACACUACAAUUCUUUGUAUCAGAUCCUGUAUUAUAAAAGGUGUAACGAUAUUUUACAGUGGUUAGGAUUAUUAGCGACGUUAUUUCUGCUUUGAACCUAACGGACUAUAUGUUAUGUAUGACCAAUGUUUAUUUCCCUGUUUGUUAGAAAUUCCUUUGACUUGUAUUUAUUAUAGCUACUAUGUAUUUAUUAUCUUAUCCUGAUAACUUGUUAACAACAAACAAUUGGUUCCUGUGUUUUAGCUCUCUUACUAAAGUUUAUUUUGACAUCUUUCAGUUUUCUGUUCAGAUAAUCGUAAUCCAUAUUAUUCAGGAGUACCCAACGGUGCUAACAGUAAUCGUCUUAAUUAAAAGAAUACUCAUGGUAGUAUGAGUCUUGAACUGGAGAAACUAAUCCACAGUUAUGCAUACUAUGUACCUACAUACAUUUAAAUAUAAAUCUGUAUGGAAAGCUUUCCGGAAUCUGUUCGAUUCCCCCUUUUCAAUUGAAAAUGGGAAUCGAACAGAUUCCCAAAAGCUUUCCGUACAGAUUUGUAUUAAAAUAUAUGUUGGUACAUAGUACACAUAACUUUGGAUUUGUUUCUCCAAUACUCUUCUCUAUAUGAAUGCUCAUGAAUGUAUGUAUGUAUGUACCUUGUGUAAAUCGUCUAUUAAAUGUAGAACAACCUAUGCUGUUAUAACAUAUAUACUCUAUAUAUACACUCUAUAUAUAUACUAUAUAUAAGCUAAAUUUUGCUUGCGUGUUGUUGCAUUGUCACAUAUGGAAUGUUCGUGCCAAGACAAGUGUUGAUGCUGACUCUUUGAGAUGAUUUCUCUUUAAAUGUAUCUUUGUAGCACAUGAUUUGUAACCUAAGCUCAAAGCUAAAUACUGUAAUGACAACAGGUCUGUUAACCCUGUGUUAUCAUUGUUUUAUCUUUGUUGGUAAGUAAUUUUCCACAAAAAUUGUACUGUUCCAGGGUUGAAAACAAUUUUUUUUUAGUAAAUGUAUGAAGUAUUUCAUAUGAUUGUAUUGGAUUAAUUAAAGAUUUUGAUACGAAAUAAAGAUGCCAUAUCA